ACCCGAACUCCCCUCAAGGCGCAACUUCCUCUCUCCUUCUCGUUCCAACUGCUCCCGACUCUCUCUCUCUCUCUAGAAAUCUCUCCGCCGCGGCGAUCGGCCGCGCCGCCGUCGGAAUCGGAAUCGCCGCCGCCUUCGCGGCCGUUGGGGACGAGGUCGCCGCCGGCGAGUGUUUGGGCUUCGUUACCGAGUCGCCCGGGGGGGAAACAGAAUCGGGAGACCGCCGGGCUGAGUCGAGGCCGAGCGAUACGCGCAGCCUUUCCCGGCCAUGGCGUCGUCCAAGGUGAUGACCUCGACGACGUCGUCGAGAGGGAAUCAGGAUCUGCCGCUCCAGUCCUCUAUAUCAUCCUCCCUCUCCGCCCUGAUCUCCGAUCUCCGGGACCACCACCACAGCAACAGCAGCCACGCCGCCGCCGCCAGCACGAACGCCAGCGCCGCGGAUAGCUCCGGCACGGUCACCAUGGACGACCUCCUCAAGAACAUCUACUCCGACGACAGCCCCGCCACUCCCGAUCACUCGCUGUUCGGCCACGGCGGCGUCGGGGUCGUCGGCGACGGCGCGGGGAUGCCGGGCGGGGGCGGCGGCGGGGGAGGGACGGCGGCGGGAUAAAGACGGUGGACGAGGUGUGGAAGGAUAUCGUGGCGGGGAGCGAUGGGGCGAGCGGCAGGGGAGAGGAGGAGAUGACGCUGGAGGAUUUCCUGACGAAGAACGGGGCCGUGAGGGAGGAGGACGUGAGGAUUGGUGGCGGCGGCGGCGGAGGAGCAGGGGUUACUGCGGGGAGGCUACGG